GGAGUACAAGACUGAACUAACUGAAUUCAAAAGAUAACAAUAAAAAUGAAAAAUGUCGAUCUUGCAAAAUCUACAAAGAUUGAACAUUGCGACAAGGAUACAACUCUUUGACAUCUUGUAUGAAAAGGAGGCUUUAGGACGUUCAGAUCGUAAGAAAUAUCUUUACAAUUACCUGGAGGACACUACAAAAUCGAAGGUGAUGAACAUGUCAUUCCAAAAUUCAAGAUCUCAUUUGUUGAGUUCUAGAAAAGUAUGAAUAAAAUGGUUUUUCAGUACUUGUACUUAAUAAUUUUAUAUGAUCGGAUGAUCGUGACGC